CUUUAGCAGUGUUUCAUAUUUACAGGCACCUAAGGAAUUAUACCGAACCCACUUAUCAGCGGUUCAUUGUUCGUAUCAUCUUCAUGGUUCCUUACAUAUUGAAUCAGAAUAUCACAUAUCCAAUAAAAAGAGCAUCUGGAGUUUCCUGGAGCUGAGGAGUCUAACUUGGCCAAGUCUGGUUUUCUGGUGUAAAGCUGAAGUCUGUAGCAGAAACGAUCUUCCAUUGUAGUGGUCCCCGGCUCGAAGUCUCCCGUCUUUAUAUCCCUUGAUUCAGACAUCCCCUCAAGUCCUCAACUGUCUUUCUUAUCUCUAACACACCCUUCAGCCUAUUGAAAGACGUAUCCCCUGAACCCUAUUGAAAGACGUAUCCCCUGAACCCUUUGUAGGCAUAUGGUAUAAGGAGUGUGUUACGUCAUGGAGAACAAAUGAGAGAUAGAAAUGUUGGGUCAGAAUUUUUGUGCUACAGUGCUACUUAUGCAUCUUUUGGGGUUGAUGACAAUACCAACUAUUUGUGAUUUAUGUUUGGGUUUUAUCUGAAAUUCUGAGUGAACUGUGAACUGAUGCUUCUGGAGGUACAAUGGAAAGGCACAAUUGAUGUUGUAGUGGAUGGGAUUAUGCAUGUUGUUGACUUGUUGCAGUACGACUGGAAUUCCUUCCAAGUGUUUUUUCUGGUACCUGAAAACCUUGAAGCUUGCAACCAAUCCCUUAACAGGAAAUAUAACUGGUUUAUGCUCUUAUGUCCUUCUUAUCCCUCAUCUUAAAUGACAACUCAAUUUAUUUCAAUUCCAUCCGAGAAGUGUAUGAAGCUUGGGUCAUUUAUAAUUUCUUGUCACUGUGCUUGGCAUGGGUGGGUGGCCCUGGUGCUGUUGUUCUAAGUUUAAGUGGUAGAGUUCUAAAGCCAUCAUGGUAUCUGAUGACAUGUUGCUUCCCUGCUAUACCUUUGGAUGGACGUUUCAUACGGAGAUGCAAGCAAGGUACUUUGCAGUUUGUGAUUCUGAAACCCAUUUUAGUUGCAGUUACAUUCAUACUUUAUGCCAAAGGGAAGUAUGAAGAUGGAAAUUUCAGUGCGAAACAAGCUUAUCUAUAUAUCACCAUCAUUUAUACAUUCUCCUAUUCGACGGCGCUCUAUGCCCUGGUCUUGUUCUAUGUGGCAUGUAGAGAUCUGCUUCGGCCAUUCAAUCCAGUUCCAAAGUUCAUCAUGAUCAAAUCUGUUGUUUUCCUGACAUAUUGGCAGGGUGUUCUGGUGUUUCUUGCUGCAAAGUCCAGAUACAUCAAGAAUGCUGAGGAGGCUGCUGAGUUUCAGAACUUCAUAGUAUGCGUUGAGAUGCUAAUUGCAGCUAUAGGUCAUUUUUAUGCAUUUCCAUACAAAGAAUAUGCGGGUGCAAAUAUUGGUGCCUCGGGUGGUUUGACAGCAAGCCUUGCUCAUGCUUUGAAGUUCAAUGAUUUCUACCAUGAUACAGUGCAUCAGUUUGCACCUACUUACCAUGAUUAUGUGCUUUACAACCACAGUGAGGGUGAUGAUGGAACAACAAAGUACCGGUCACGCACCUUUGUGCCUAUAGGCCAGGAGAUGGACACUGUCAGAAGAAAUAAACACUUGUUUGGGAACAAAAUUGAUGAUAUACAGCUAUGUAGCCUCUCCUCAUCUGGUACCAGUACUCCCAAUAAUCCUAAUAGCUUGCAGGAUUCCACAGAUUCUGAGGCAAUGAGGUCGUCCUUACUUGUGGAUACUUCAAGUUCUUUUGUUCAGCCAUAUGAUCUAUCACUUAUUGACAUGGAUUUGUCAAAUUACCCCGCUAAGGUUCCUGCAGCAGAUGUCAGUGGCAAUAGGUGAGGAUAGCCAGUUUAGUUCCAGCAAAUCAGAGAAGGUUCUGGAUAUUCUCCUUGUUAUGGUGCCCAAGCUCACAGAAGCGGGUUUUGCCUAUAAGUGUGCUGAUAUUAGUUAUCUUUCAGUUUCAGAGGAUUGUUGAAGCCCCCAUAAUUUUAGUGUAUUGGUUUUCAACUCUUAUACAAGUAUGCAUGCAUUCUUGGGGGGUGGAGCUUGCAGAUUCUGGUUAGGCUUGUAAAUGUGGUCACAAGGCUUAAUUCUCUUUUAAGUUUCUUAACAGGUCCGUUCUUUAUUUUUAUUUCCAGUCCAUUUGUUGUAUGUGCUGUUGAUAAGACUAAAACCCAACUGACUUGUUUGUACUGAAUAGAGACAUUCUUCCCAUAUAUAUUGUUUGAAGUUGUGUUAACUAUAUGAAGCUUAAGUGCUUAACCAUAUCAGAUGAAAUACCUUUGUAUGAGCACAA